AAAGAAAAAGAAAAAAGAAAAUAGAAAAAAGACAAGACUAUAUAGGAGUCAACAAAAAAAAAAAAUGCACGUCAUUUUCUAGAAGCUAUUUGAAUCUUUUCUUUGUUUACAACGAAGUGGUAUACAUAUAAUUAAAAAUGUUCAUAUUCGAAUUUCAACAAUCGAUCUAACAAUAUCGACAUUUUUUUUAUUGAUGAUCCAUAUCACCAAAACCUUCUUUCACAAAUAAUUUCUUUUUCCUCCUUCACUGUUCAUACUUCUAAUAAUAUUUUUUUAAUUUUAUAUAAGAAAAAAAUGGAGAGAAAAAAUAGUACUAGUACUAGGAAGAAGACAAGAUUGCUUACGAGUAAACAAGCAAAAAGUACGUCAUCUUCUAAAACACAACCCAAAACGGCGCCGUUUUAUUGUCUAGUUCAUUUUUCACCAAAAUUCUGAGUUGCUUUGCUUUCGUUCCAACCCAAUCUCAUCCUCCAAAUAUUUUAUCUAUUCCAUUCCCUUUCAUUCACCAACAAACAAAACGAUGCCGUUUUCAUUUCCCUAAAUUCAAAUCAAUCUCAACACAAACAACUCUCUCUUUCUUCCGGUUCGGGUUUUUUCCUGAUGGAUCGGGCUGCGAUGACUGUUGGACCGGGUAUGGAUAUGCCGAUCAUGCAUGAUAGUGACCGUUACGAUCUUGUUCGUGAUAUCGGCUCCGGAAAUUUCGGUAUUGCUAGAUUGAUGCAAGAUAAACAGACUAAGGAACUUGUUGCUGUUAAAUAUAUCGAACGUGGUGAUAAGAUUGAUGAAAAUGUCAAAAGAGAAAUCAUUAAUCACAGGUCUUUGAGACACCCCAACAUUGUUAGGUUUAAGGAGGUCAUUUUAACACCUACUCAUCUUGCUAUUGUAAUGGAGUAUGCAUCUGGAGGGGAACUUUUCGAGCGAAUCAGUAAUGCUGGGCAUUUUUCUGAGGACGAGGCUCGUUUCUUCUUUCAACAACUCAUAUCUGGGGUCAGCUACUGCCAUGCAAUGCAAGUAUGUCACCGGGACCUGAAGUUGGAAAAUACUUUGUUGGAUGGAAGCCCAACUCCUCGUCUGAAGAUAUGUGAUUUUGGUUACUCCAAGUCUUCAGUGCUUCAUUCACAACCAAAGUCAACUGUGGGAACUCCGGCAUAUAUUGCUCCAGAAGUAUUACUCAGACAAGAGUAUGAUGGAAAGAUUGCAGAUGUUUGGUCUUGUGGAGUAACCUUAUACGUGAUGCUAGUGGGAUCCUAUCCCUUUGAAGAUCCUAAUGAGCCAAAGGAUUUCCGGAAGACAAUACAGAGAGUACUCAGCGUCCAGUAUUCCAUUCCAGAUAAUGUUCAAAUAUCUCCAGAGUGUCGCCACCUUAUCUCAAGGAUCUUUGUUUUUGACCCUGCAGAGAGAAUUACCAUGCCUGAAAUCUGGAAACAUAAAUGGUUUCUGAAGAAUCUUCCCAUGGACCUGAUGGACGAGAAGAUAAUGGGCAACCAAUUUGAAGAGCCUGAACAACCAAUGCAGAGCAUUGAUACAAUCAUGCAGAUAAUUUCAGAAGCUACUAUACCACCAGCUGGAACCUGUUCUUUAGACCAGUUUAUGGCAGAUAACAUUGAUAUGGAUGAUGACUUUGAUGAUUUGGAAUAUGAAUCCGAGCUUGAUAUAGAUAGCAGUGGGGAGAUAGUGUAUGCUAUGUACUAAUUUAAUCAUAUCAUUGACAGUACUUGAAAUACAGCAUGUUAAAAGGAGAGUAUCUUAAUAUUGGGCUUUUAUAGCAUUUUCAGCCUCAGGGGAAGAUAAAUAUGUGGUGCCUGCAUUUUCUGUAGAUUAUAUUAUAGUAUGGAAAAUACAAAGAAGUACAUGUUAAUUUUUAUGUGUGCGCGUGCUUCUUGGAGGUUUCUACGUCCACAUCAUUUACGAGUAUCACCUUUAUAGAAGUGGGGGUUGGAUGUUAUCUUGCUGGUUUAGGGAAGAAAUGAUUGUUAUACUUUACUCACUUCUUGGUGAAUACUUGCUUAUAUAUUAUAUAUUAUUUACACUA